AUGAUGUCAAUCUACGAUAUCCCACCCUCCCCACCUCAACCAGUGCACGUGCGCGUACACACCAACAGCAAACACAAAAACAAAUCACAGCACUUAUCUGACACAACGCGUAUCAUACCGUCCAAACGGAAACCAGGGGCUUCUUUCAAGACCGAGAAGGCGAAGAAACACUUGACCACUCGGAAAAGACGUCUGCCGGUGCAUCAGCUUGCUCUUUUGCGAACUACAACAAGCGAUGGGUUGCCUCAAUCGAGUGAUAUGGAAGUUACUUUUUCUGAUUCUAUUGCGGUAACUGAUCCCAUAGAGGACAGUCAAUUCAAUCGACCGAUUACGCGUCCGUUAGGUGGUCUUAUGUGCAACAUAGUCACGUUGGGAAAACGGGGGUUUUCCCACACGAUGCAGCACUCAGACAUGCGCAGCACACCCAUAGAGAGAACUCCAAACAGAGCUUCUAUAGCCGAUGAAACGCCUAAAGGGACGCGUAGCCCUAUACUAAAGCAAAUCCGAGAUGUUUGUGUCACUCAAGAUGGGCACAUCGAUCAUGAGCUCCAGACCGCUUCGAGGGGACAGCCAGAUCGUCGAGGAAACUAUGUGUCGAUCAGAAGAAAGAGACCAGCCGUUGUUCAUACUCUCACUCUAGGAAGCGGACUUUUGCCUUCGCCUACCGAUAAAACCCCCGAUACUUCAUACGCCAUACAAAGGAAAAGACCGAUUCCUGGAUCGCGCAACUUAUAUAGGCUUGAAAAUCGGCCAAUUGAUCAAAAAUCAACGCAAUUGACACUUGUCAACAGUUCGGAGUAUUUGCGAAGACUACCAGUUCUCUCUCCUCCACGGGUUUCAUGUAGAGGUGGCCCUUGA